GAAAUAAUCAUUAAAAUAAUCAUUCUUUAGAAUUCAAUGUUGUAUCGGCGAACCACGCAGAGUAUAAAUUACAAAAACGCCCGAGAAUUUUUGUCGCUUUUAGAAAUCAUCGUGUUUUCGAAAUAAUAACAAUACUAUAUACAAUUUUUUUUUUAAAAAACACAAAAAAUGAAUAGCUUUUCCACGGUGACCACAUUAGUGGUCUUGAUGAUUUUUUCAGCCAACACGUCAGUGAGUAUUUAAUAAUAUUGUAUUGUAAUAAUUAUGUUUCUCAGAUAUAUUUCACUUACUAUUUUAUAUUAUUAUUUAGUACGUUUUUUUCCCGUAAUCGUAAAACUCCGCGUUUCAGGUUAAACCUAACUGCAAUAAUGUUAGAAUAUUAUAAUCACUCAAUUAUACGCGCAUUUCGGUUUUUAAUGGCAAGCACGAUAUCAUAAUUAUAUUAGUCUUUAAUGUCGGGUCACAUAAACAAUUAUUAACUGGUAAGUUAUCGAACCGAUAACAUCGUAAUCGGUUCGAUAAAGUUAUUAGCUAUUGCAGAGACGGCUUUUGUCUUGUAUCAAUCUGACAAAAUAUAACCUCUUAUCGGAUCGAUAAUUUGUAGGCCCGAUUUUGGUUCGGUAAAUAUUAAAAAUAGUCCCAUAACUUAAUUAAACUGUUAACGCGAUUUAGGUAACUGUCAGUUUUUUGCACAUUUUUCUUAUCGUAUGAAUUUCAAAACUCAUUUUUAACUAUUUUUAUAACUUAUGCACGAUGAAUCAAUUUUUCCUUAUAAUCAUGAUAAAGAACGAAUUGGUAACCGUAUACUAAAGAACUACAACGAUGGCAAAUUUUAUAUAAUUUUAUGCAAUAGUAAAUAAUUUUUUGGACACAAUAUAAUAUUAUUUAUCUAAUGGUAUGCGAAUAUCCGUAGAUUGUCGAAUUAUUUUUAUAGAUCGUUUAUACAUACCGACAUAAAUCUUACAACUCUAAAAUAUUACACGAAUACAGGGUGUUUUAUGAAAAUAUAUCCAUUUUAAUAUCCCUAGAGACAACAAAGAUAAUUCAUAAUCAAAUUCUGUUGUUUUUUUUUUUUUUUUUUUAUUAUUAACCACCGGGAUAAGGACUAAAAAUAUUUAUAUUGCAAUUAAUUCUUUUAUGCUUUGAUAAAAUAACUUUUUAUUUUAUUAUUUUUGAAAAAUUUGAAGAUAACCAUUUUAUAGAGUUUAUUUUUCUGAACAUUUGUAUUUAUCAACUUUUUAUUUUCAUUAAAUUCGUGAUUUUUAAUAAUUUUUUAGAGUAAAAAGUUAAAUAAGUUGAAAGUACCUAUAAAUAUACAGCAAGCUGUAAUCGUAUUCUCUAAUUGAUUAUUAUUAUUAUUACGAAUAAUUGAAUGUACACUUCUUUUUUCUGAACUAAAAAACAAUUAAAUAUUACAAUGGAUAUAUCUCCGAGGAUCGCCUUGCAUGUAUGAUAUGUGUAUCAUAAUGUAAAUACAAUGAAAUACAAAAUCCUCCUUUAUAGGUAAUGUCGUUGUAUUAUAAUUUUUAUAAUUUACCCUUAAUUUUAAAGCCCACGUGAUUUUUCCAUUUUUAUUCACCUUGUCUAUACGUUUAAAAAAAAAAAAAACAUUUUUGGACUAAAAACUCAAAAAACUCAAAAAAAAACAAAAUCAAAUAUUAAAAAAAACCGCCAAGUCCACGAUUUCACAAAUUUCAUUGAUGGUUAUACUUGUGCAAUAAUUAUAAACCAAACGUAAUUAAGAAAACACCCAUAUUCCCUGUUCCCCGCAUUCUUGGUAAAACUGGAUUAUGGGGAAGGAAAUUACGGUCUGAAGCUCAAUUACUACAAGUACUAAAAUUUUUGCUUCUUUUAUUUAAAUUUAUUUUUUAUUUUUAAAUUCCGAUUUAGCGAAGAAACUAUUAGUUUUACAAAAAUUUAGUUUUUUUUCUCAGAAAAUGCUUUUCGGUCAAUAAAUACUUUCAAUUAUUUCAUGUCAUACUUUAAAGAUGCGCAGUUUUCCCCUAAUGACGCUUUAUUUGAAACAUUAAUUUCGUUUUUCAGAAAUUUCCCCUUAGGUCAUUUUUUUAAUUUUUUCAAUUUACAACUUUCAAGUAUCGAUUAUAUUGUACGAUAUAACAUAAUUACUGCCGUUAAUACUACCCAAAUAUAUACCAAAUAAAAAAAAAUCUCAAUUAAAAAAAAUUCUUGAUUUGAGUAAAAGGUAUUCACCAAGUGUGUAAUAUCCCCUCCUACCCCUUAAACUGAGACGGUAAUAAGACCUAUAAUCUUGAGAUCGUUUGUAAUUGUCUAUUUUCACAAUGGUGUGUUGCAUUUGUCUUUUAGGCCCAACAACAAGAAGAUCCAAAAAUCUGCCGCAUCAAGUACCGCUUGCACGAAAAUUUGGCCACAAUACUGCAGAACCCCUGGGGCUUGCAAAUACUCAAUGAUUCCCGACAGAACAUGAUGAACAUAUGCAUGGACUCGCAGGCACAUAACGCCAUCAUAGGCCUACUGGAUGGGAUUACGGACGUGACCACUAACCCGAACGUCUCGCGGACCAUAGGAAACAUGUUUUUUUGGACCAGAAAGGUGAUGAAGGACAAGAAUUUCCAAAACGUAUGGCUCCAAACAAUGAUCGGCGUCAACAAUUUAUUCAAACGCCAAAAGCCUGCCAAAAAGGUGGUGAUAGCGUUACUCAAUAGUUUGGACAGGUUUUUGGUGACUGAUCAAUUCGAUGAAAAGUUCGAAAAAGUCGUCGAAAAAUUGACUCAGAUAGUUAGUUUACAAAUUAACGAGGAGAGUUCGGAUGAUAUCUAAUUCGAACCAGAGGCACCCUUCAGAAAACCCAUUUCACGUUCAAAACCGUCUAGAACCGACAGUAAACGUCGUUGAUCGCUUUGGUCAAACUCACGUUCACUAUAUACAGCAACUGUGUAGAAAAAUAAAAAAUUAAUGUGUCCACGUGUUUAUAUAAAAUAAAUCAUUUUCAAAUAUUUUUACUAGGUUAAUUUAUACACUUAUUAUUAUAUUGUAUGUACCAGAAAACCUUUCCGACCUUGCUUCUAUUGUGUUAAACAUAUUUCCUCUCCCAAAUAACAAUAAUACUUUUUUCUAACAUAAAAAUUAUAAUAUGAUAUCUUUACCACCGACA